AUGUCUAUCUUCCCUGAGAAGAACGUACCACAAUGCGAGGAGAUCCUGGGCUAUCAGUUCAACGACAAAUCGCUUUGUGCUUCAGCACUGAACGCCUCCGGCACCAACCACAUCCUUCACGGAACAAUCAUCAAGCCGAACAAGAGACUGGCUACCUAUGGCGACACCGCAAUGACUCAGCUGAUGUGUGCCAAAUGGCUCGACACGGACCGGACUCUCGGCGACUGGGCCGAUAUCCGCAGCACGACACUGGCAAGCAAGAACUUGGGAGAGAUCGGGACCAGCGCUGGCAUCGACAAGGCUGCCGUCUUUUCCGGCGGUACGACCACAGUGAGCGACAAGAUGAUGGCAUCGGUUGUCCAGGCAAUCAUGGGCGCUGUACACCUUGAUGCGGGGAUGCACGCAGAGCAGGUCUUGGGCACCGCCAUGAGCAAGAUCGGCCUCGAGAAUUCGUUGCUUCAGCCAGAGUCGGCGGGAAUAUCUACCGAGACUGGCGGUCUUGGCCAGGGUCAGAACGGACAAGACAGAGGCAAAAGCGCUUGA